UCAGACCCCUUGCAUGUUUGGAUUUCAUAAUGUGGAAAUUUCACUCCCUUGUCGCUUGCGGUUUCGUCUUAUUUGGCAGCUUCCUUACUCUCAUCCAGGCCGCCAACUGUCCAAAGAAGUAUAAAGUGCUUGAUUACGGUGGCAAGAAGCAUUCGAGGUGUCUUGAUCCGGCUUCUAAUUUCAAAAUGGGAGGUGUAUCCUCCGCGAUCGACCAGGCCACCAUAGUGAACGACCACAACAAAUACAGAGGCAUUGUCAAUCCAGCUGCCAGUAAUAUGCAGAAAAUGUACUGGGACGAUGAAUUAGCGAAAAUAGCAUUUGGUUGGGCUUCCCAGUGCCAAGCUGGUCAUGAGAAAUCUUAUUAUUGGAGGCAAGUCCCUGAUAUGUACCCUGUUGGUCAGAAUGUCGCAAAUGGAUCCCUGUCAGUGAGUUGGAAAGCAGUCAUAGCCGCCUGGCAAAAUGAGGUGAAUGGAUUUGUGUUUGGAGACGCGUCUCUCAAAUUGGUCAAGCACGCUCAUUACACACAGAUGAUUUGGCAUGACAGCUCAAGAAUAGGAUGUGCCGCAGCCAUGUGUGACGGGGUUAACCAAUUCCGUAUCUUUGUGUGUAAUUAUGCCCCAGCAGGAAACAUCUACCCAGGUUGGACGUCCCCUUACACGAAGAGUGCUGACGGUACUUCGUGCGGCAAAUGUAAAAGUUCGUGCUCGAAUAAACUCUGUGAUCUAAAAGAUUUUAUGUGCUACAAUGGCGGGACUCUUGACCUGGAGAAGAAGACAUGCUCAUGUUCCUCCUACAGUACAGCUUUCGACAAUGGACCCCAGUGCACCCUCGACUGUAGCAAGAUCCUCCCAGACGCUCGAAGGAAGUAUUACCAGUGUCCCCGGACAAUGGAGAAGUGCAUGUUGAUGCGGACAUCAGCUUUGUAUUGUCCGGACUCCUGUCGUGUUUGUCCAGUUGAUUCAGCGAAGAGUGGUGGUGUAAGCGGCACCAGUGGUAGCAGCGCUGGUGGUAGUAUUGCCAACAGUGGUUCAGGAAGUCAAAGUGCCGGUGGGAACACUGGUGGUGGCGGUGGCAUGAGUGGUAGCGGAACAAACCUGUGGCAGAACUCUCAAUCCAAAUCCGCUGGCAGCGUUAUAAAACACUUUGGCCUAAACUUUUACUGGAAAACCGCUGUCUCUGUCUUCUUGAUAAAAGGUAUACUGUGAAGGGCAACAGGGAUAGGCGUCGGAAAGAUUUCAUUAACUGUAGCGGAUCCAGAAAUUGGGUAAAGGGGCGCAGCUGAAUAACUCAAUAGCUGAUGGAGAGGAAUCCAUGCAUCACAAUGUUAUAGGAUCGAGAAAUAGUAGGCCUAUAUGUAAUUUCUAACUCGAUGCGUUGACUUUUGUAUCAGCAAGAAUAUUUUUGUACAGAAGGAACCUCAGCUUUGCAAUAAAUUAACUAAAUGUGAGCCAAUCUCCGGCUUAAUCUCGCUGUUGUAUUUAAC